UACAAAUUUGGGUAGUAGUCAAGGACCCAGCACUAAUGAUUAGAAGAAAAGAGAAUAAUUGGUACAUUCAUGGAACAUCUCAUCACAGUCAAUCGACUCAUAGGUGAUCAGAACUCAGAAGAGAUGGUUGAUUGAGAUUUGAGAAGAGAGAGGGUGUGUGACUCGGUUGAUUCACGAGUCGGUAAAGGAAGUGAAACGGUGGGCGCGCAUUUCGAAACUUCUUCUAGGCGAAUGGAUCAGGUUCGGAGUUUCCCGACCCGUUAUUUUGAGGUCUAUUACUGGUUAGCAUUGGGACGGAUUUCCCGAUCAAUUUUCCGGGUUAAUUAUUGGUCAGAAAGAAGCAAGUUGACGGAGGUCCCGACAAGUGAGAAAACAAAAUUCUCGGCCAUACCGGCAAACCUGUCAACAACUCUCCACGUGGCACUCAUUUCAACGUUGUGCCUAGUAUUCUUGACAUCACUGUUAUCACUCCAUAUGAUUCAGAAAUCGUACUCAAGGGAAUCUCGACUGAUAAGAUCCUCGAUGUGAGAAAGUAUUUGGCAGUCAAUGUGGAGACAUGCCACCUUACCAACUAUUCUUUGUCCCACGAGGUUCGAGGGAAGAGAUUAAGUGACACGACCGAGGUUGUAAUGCUAAAACCUUGCUUGCUAACUAUUAUUGAAGAGGAUUAUGUUGAAGAACAAGAUGCGGUGACACACGUGCGCAGGCUACUGGAUAUCGUGGCUUGUACCACAUUUUUCGGUAAACAACAGAAAGAAAAAGAAAAUGGAGGAGGAGGUCGACCCAAAACCAAAAACAGUAGCUCCUCUUCGUGUCAAAUUCUUAACAACGGAGGAGGAGAAAUUCAAUCCUCGGAAUUGUUAUCAUCAAUUUCUCCGAUUUCUGAGAAAUUCGGAAUGGAAGCUAUUCAUCCAAUCCCAAAACUCCCCACUUUCUAUGAUUUCUUCUCUUUCUCUAAUCUUUCCAGUCCUAUUCUAUUUCUCAAGAGAUGUGAUCGGAAAGACUGUGACGAAAAGCGUGAUGGUGAUUAUUUCGAAUUACAGGUUAAGAUAUGCAAUGGGAAACUAAUAAAUGUAGUGGCAUCUGUGAAAGGGUUUUACAGUAGCAGUCCAGGAAAGAAGCUAAUUGAAACUCACUCCCUUGUGGAUCUACUUCAACAGCUUAGUCGCGGUUUUGCAAAUGCUUUUGAUGCAUUACUGAAAGCUUUUGCAGAACACAAUAAGUUUGGUAACUUACCUUAUGGCUUUCGGGCGAAUACAUGGCUUGUUCCUCCAACCGUUCAGGAGUCUCAAUCUAAGUUUCCAUCCUUUCCAACAGAAGAUGAAACAUGGGGUGGCAAUGGAGGUGGUCAUGGACAAGAUAGUAAAUAUGAUCACCGACCUUGGGCCACAGAAUUCUCUAUGUUGGCAUGUCUGCCAUGCCAAACUGAAGAUGAAAGACUGGUUCGAGAUAGGAAGGCCUUUUUGCUACAUGGUAUUUUUGUAGAUGUCUCAGUUGUUAAGGCUGUUUCAGCAAUUCGUCGACUUUUAGACUCCAAUGCAAGUUCAAAAAACUUGGUACAUGAAGAUCGCGUUGGAGACUUGCAUAUUGUGGUAAAGCGAGACAAUGUUCUGGUCGGAAGGUCUUUGCUUGAAAACAAAAUCGAUGGGAACCAGACACUUUGCAUGUCUGAAAAGGAGGUUGCUCAAAAAAAUCUACUGAAAGGGGUUACUGCAGAUGAGAGUGUAGUUAUUCAUGAUACUUCCACAUUGGGCAUUGUCAUUGUCAGAUACUGUGGAUACACUGCUACAGUCAAAGUCGUGGGUAAUGUCAAGAAGGGUAAUUGGAUGGAUAUCGAUUGUGAAGAUCAACCGCACGGAGGUGCGAAUUCCCUUAAUGUUAACAGCUUAAGGAAUCUGCUCAAUAAAGAACCGUUCAUGGAAGGUUCUCCUAAAAUUUCAGAUGAUCUUGAGGCUGCAAGGUGUUCAGUGCGGACAGUUAUGAAAGAUAGCUUGGCUAAGUUAGAUGAGAAUUCAACAAAUUCAGAAAGAUCAUUCAGAUGGGAGCUAGGCUCUUGUUUGGUGCAGCAUCUGCAAAAGCAGGAAACUUCUGAUAGUAGCGGUCACAAUGGGAGUGAAUCUGAACUAGCUGUUAAAGGUUUGGGGAAGCAAUUAAAAGUGUUAAAGAAGAGAGAGAAAGAAACAUCUAAUACCACCAUAGAGUUGGAUACCAGUGAGGGAGAUGCAAGAUCCGAGAGCAUGGAUAUCGGGGAAAUGGCUGAUUCAGAGGAUUCAUGCAGGGAUAAGGCCGAAUUAAGAAAACUGAUUCCUGAGGCAGCCUUCUUGCGUCUGGAAGCAUCUGGAACGGGUCUUCACCAAAAGUCAUUGGAUGAGCUGAUUGAGACUGCGCACAAAUACUAUGACGAAGUUGCACUUCCAAAGCUGGUUGCCGACUUUGGAUCACUUGAGCUUUCUCCAGUAGACGGACGCACAUUAACUGACUUUAUGCAUACGAGGGGACUGCAAAUGCGCUCAUUGGGGACUGUGGUGAAACUUGCAGAGAAACUCCCUCAUAUACAAUCACUCUGUGUCCAUGAGAUGGUUACCCGAGCAUUCAAACACAUUCUUAAAGCCGUCAUAGCAUCAACUGAGAAACCGUUAGACUUGUCUUCAGCAAUUGCCUCGACCUUGAAUUUCUUGCUUGGGUCCUGCAUGGAGGAAAGCAAUGACUAUGUGCUAAAAAUGAAGUGGCUAAAAACUUUUCUGGCUACAAAAUUUGGUUGGUCACUCCAAGAUGAGUUUCAGCACUUGAGGAAGUUUGCAAUUCUUAGGGGACUUUGCCAUAAGGUUGGAGUGGAGUUGGUUCCAAGAGAUUACGACAUGGACAAUGGUAACCCUUUCAAGAGAUCAGAUGUUGUCAGCAUGAUCCCAGUCUGUAAACAUGUGACAUGCUCCUCUGCAGAUGGUCGUACCUUGCUGGAGGCAUCUAAGACUGCAUUGGAUAAAGGAAAGCUAGAAGAUGCAGUGAACUGUGGCACAAAGGCCCUGUCAAAGAUAAUGGCCGUUUGUGGGCCCUAUCAUCGAACAACAGCAAGUGCAUACAGUCUGCUAGCAGUAGUUCUUUAUCAUACUGGGGAUUUUAAUCAGGCGACUAUAUACCAACAGAAGGCUUUAGAUAUCAAUGAGAGGGAACUCGGGUUAGACCAUCCAGAUACAAUGAAAAGCUAUGGGGACCUUUCUGUGUUUUACUAUCGCUUGCAACACAUUGAGUUAGCUCUGAAGUAUGUCAAUCGGGCAUUGUAUCUUCUACAUUUCACAUGUGGCCUAUCGCACCCAAACACUGCUGCAACAUAUAUUAAUGUGGCUAUGAUGGAGGAGGGAAUGGGAAACGUUCAUGUUGCUCUCAGAUACCUACAUGAAGCCCUCAAAUGCAAUGAGAGGCUAUUGGGCGCCGACCAUAUACAGACUGCUGCGAGUUAUCAUGCCAUAGCCAUAGCUCUUUCUUUGAUGGAGGCUUAUUCUCUCAGUGUACAACAUGAACAAACAACAUUACAGAUACUACAAGCAAAACUUGGACCAGAUGAUCUUCGUACUCAGGAUGCUGCUGCAUGGCUCGAGUAUUUUGAAUCAAAAGUCUUAGAACAGCAAGAAGCCGCUCGCAAUGGUACUCCAAAACCAGACGCUUCCAUUGCUAGAAAAGGUCACCUUAGUGUAUCAGAUCUCUUGGAUUACAUAAAUCCAGAUAAAGAAGCCAAGGGAAGAGACAUGCAGAAAAGACAAAGGCGUGCUAAGGUGUUCCAGACUGAUGACAAGCCUAAAGAAGAAAAAUGCGAUCAGCUUGCCGACAUCGUGGUCAAUGUUAGCUCAACAAACACUUCUUUGAUCGCAGAAGAAAGCAAAGAUAAAGGAUCGUCAGAUCUAACCUAUUCGCAAAAACUUCGAGAAAAUAACGAUGUGCGUAAGUUGGAGCUGACGCCUAUAAACCGAGAAACUGUAGAAGAAAUGUCUGAUGAAGGUUGGCAAGAAGCCAAUUCAAAAGGAAGACAAGGAAAAAUUGGAGGUCGCCGGAAUGACCAUAAGAAACAAGCCCCUGCAAAGAUAAAAAUCAACGGCACUGAGCUCUCUGAAUAUGUAGAUGCAAGCUACAAGAAAAGCUCUCCAGUUCGACAAACAACCUCAAAGUCAUCAGUUGCUCCCAAACUACCCAAGGCUGUGAUCACAAAUGUUUCAGAAAAUCAAACUAAAUUGCAGGCAAUAAAUCCCAUACCACCGGCAACUCUCACAUCAAUGGCUUCCAAGACUCUCUCUUAUAAAGAAGUGGCUGUGGCACCUCCUGGGACAAUCUUAAAGCCAGUGGUGUUGGAGAAACAAGGAGAGUUGAAAAACGAACCAUCAGCUACUACUCAAAUCGUUCAUGAUAUUCAACCAAAGAUAUUAAAGGAAGAAGAAUCAGAAAAGUGUCUCGUCGAAGUAGAAAAAGAAGAGGAAACACCGGCCACAACCAUUCAAAGUGAGACUGAAAUUGAGGAGUCCCUUGAACAGAAGGAAAGCCUUGAGAAGUCCAGCGAAAGUAAUGGAAGUAAGCUUUCGGCUGCAGCUCAACCAUUCAAUCCUGGGCCUCCUGUCCCUUUCAGUUCAGUUGGUACAACAGAUGUUUAUGAUGUAAGGGCCAACCAAAGUGCGGUUUCGUCCCCUCCUAUGGGAAUUCCUCAUCCAUCAGUUGCCUCAAGGGUACCUUUCGGCCCUAGAUCACCAUUAUACUACAGAGCUGGCAAUACCUUUCAUAUGAAACAUGGUUUCCAGAACCAUAUUUUAGGCACUGUAUCAAAAAUUAUGAACCCGCAUGCACCUGAGUUUGUUCCUGGAAAAGCUUGGCAACCCACUUCGACAACCGGAACCAUAGAAUCUCAGACCGCACUUUCUGGUUCUGCUGGAAAUAAUCAUGAUUGUGGCGGCAGUGUCCUCACAGGUACUAGAGAGAAGAUGGGAAGCAACGGCAACAAGACAGAAAAAUCAGAGCUUGCAAGGCAGAUACUGCUUAGCUUUAUUGUGAAGUCUGUUCAUAGUAACUUGGAUAUUUCAGAUAAAAGUUCAGUUGAAGAGGGGAACAAGGAAGUUUCAGGACAUUCUUCAGAUCCAAUUGAAAGGGACAGUGCAAUCAUCAAAGUUGUAUACGGGAAUGAAAAUAAAAGAGACUCUGAAGCUCACUGCUCUGAACAUGGCCAGGCUAAUGUCUCGGAUCUGGGGAAGAAUAACAAUGGAGAUGGAGCAGGGUACACGGUGGUAACAAAAAGAAGAAGGAAAGCACAACAAUUUCCCAGUGCGGUGAAUGGGUUGUACGCACAGCAGUCUAAAUUGGCAUCAGUACGUUGAGGAGGGAAUGAAACACCAACCCUUUUCAUUUCUCCCUGCUAUUCAUUCUCUUUGUGGAAUAGAAAGCUGAGCAAGUUGAGUGUUGAUGCUCUUUUAAGGCCAACCGGAGGUUCAUUAACCUCAACCAAGUCCAACUGAAGGCUCGUCAACCUAAACUCAGAUUUAACUCUCAGGAUUUUCCCAUCCCUGCUCAAUGUAAGUGAGCCAUGUUGGGUUCAUUUUUUUUAAUUUUUUUCUCAAUAAUAAUAGUCUAUUAUCUCUGUAGAUGCAGUCAUGCAGAAGAACUUAAACCUAAAAAUCUUAAUAAUAGUCGGGAUUUCGUUCUCUUUGUG